AUGGGCGAGCUCUCAGCCAGCUGGAAAUUCGUGUCCAGCGCCUUCGCCACGUCACUGCUUGCGCCCUGCGCGCGCACCCAGAAGAAGCUGCGCCCGAGGACCGCCGCCGUCUGCCCGGCGGCCGCGGCCCUGCCGGCGUGCAGCGGCCUCCGGGCAGAGCGCCCGAAGGAGCGCGCGCGCGCCGCGAGAGGGGCCGCCCUGCCGGCGCGUGGCGCGGAGCGAGCGUGGCGGGGCGACGCCCGGCAGGCCCACGCGGCAGCCCAGCCGGCUCUCAGCACGGACCGCCACAAGUUCGAGAUCGAGCUCUACCUUUUUUGUUUCAUCUCAAUAACUCAGUGUUGCGGAGAGGCGAUCGAGGAAGUCGUGGGCCACUUGGGGCACAACAUCCGCAACGUCGCAGUUCCUCCGGCGGGCGCGAUCGUUGCAGCAGGCUGGAACGCCAGGCUCAACGGCGCAACGCUCUUGCCGAUCCAGGUGGCGCAGUGGGGGCUGGUGUGGCGCGUGGGGCGCCGCAUUGCCCUCGCAGCCGCAGGCGGCCCAGCAGCGAGGGAGGCCUACAUCAAUGUGGACCCGUUCGGGCCGCCGCCGCCGCCGGCCUCGGUGGCGCCGCCGGCUGCCCCUGCGGCCGCUGCAGCCAAGGGUCGUAUCGUAAAAAUGGCGGAGGUGUUGGACCAAGGUGACGCCUCGGAGACCCCUCUCGCGGACGAUGCCAUGCACACCAAGUGGUGCCAUAAUUACAACGCCCUCACGGGCGGCGAGCAGCCGGUACCGGAGGAUCAGCCGUCGCUCGAGCAGCUCACGGCGCUGGCGUUGGACCUCGACAAGAGCGGUGCCGUCGACUGGGUCGAGUGGAUAGCGCUGGCCCUGUUCGGUUCGGCGGAGGCCGAGCAGGCCGCCGAGCCGAUGAGCAUCGCCUUCCGCCUGCUCGACAGGCCCGUCCCCGCCCGAGAAGUCGUGGACUGCGGUCCGGACGCGCCGGAGACGGUCCGCGACAUGCUGCGCGAGUGGCGCCCGCCCGCGCGGCCGCCGCCCGAGCAGCACGGCGGGGAUGCGCUCGCGGAAAAGCAGCAGGACAACUCGGAGUUCGGGCUGUCUCACCUCAGGCAUGUGUUGGCGUCGCUGGAGGCCUACAAGAUGCUGUAG